GAAAGAAUGGCGUCCUCAGAACAUCAAAAGAACGCUGAAACGUUGCUCCGGAUUCUCGUGCAUCAGGCCGUUCUGUUUCUCUUCUGCUGUGCCCCAAGUAUACUCUGCAUAGGGCCCCCCGAAGUUCAGCCGUUCGCCUUCUCGAAGAACAUUGCCCUGGGUCAGAAAGCUCUCGUGAAUUGCGGCACCGUGGGUGGCGAUGGGCCUUUCAAGUUUCGUUGGGUUCAGGACGGCAGAGACCUACAGCCGACGUCCUCCAAAUACGCGAAGACCGUCAGUGAAACCUUCGCGACCCUCGUCAUCGAGGCGGUUGGUGCUGAAGACGUCGGAAACUACACCUGUACCGUUUCCAAUGCUGCGGGAGAAGACAGUUUCACUGCGCCUCUCACGGUCAAAGGGCUUCCCAAAAUACAGUCAUUCAACUUCCCCCAUAACCAUCCGCUUGGGAAAGACGUCGUGGUCUCCUGUUUUGCGAUGGAAGGUCAACAACCGCUGACGUUUCAGUGGUUCAAGGAUGGUCGGCGGAUCACCAGCAAUGCGAAGCUCCUCAUCGAGCACAUAUCGGGAAAGAUAGCGACUUUGACGAUUCGCGAGGUAGCCGCAGAAGACAUCGGAAACUACACCUGCCAGGUUUCCAACGCGGUUGGAAGCGACAGAUUCACGUCCGAACUUCUUGUCAAGGCGGCCCCGGUCUGGCUGUCGGAACCCAAAGAUACGGACGCCGUCCAGGGCAGGGACCUCAUCCUGGCCUGCAACGCGGCAGGCUUCCCAAAGCCCAGGUUCACGUGGAAGAUGCAGAUCGGCUCCAGGGAGUUCGUGGCCCUGCACCCCGUGGGUCGGAGGAAGAUCCACGACAACGGCACGCUGGUCAUCGAGAGCGUCGAGUCGGACGACGAGGGCCUCUACCAGUGUGACGUCAGUAACGGCGUGGCCCCGCCCAUCUCCAAGACCAUCAAGGUAUCCGUGCACGUGCCUCCUCGCAUCAGUAAGACGUCGUCGGACGUCUCGGUCAAACGAGGCGACAUCGCCAAGAUCGCCUGCGAAGCCACGGGCCAGCACCCGUUGGUGGUAACGUGGGAGAAGGAUAACACGCUGCUCCUGCCUUCUGUCGACAGGUACGAGACUCACGAGGAGAUGACGACGACGGGCGUGACCUCGGUGCUGGUGAUCCACAACAGCGUGCGGAGGGACGCUACAGCCUACGUCUGCGUGGCCAAGAACGACUACGGCCAGACCAAGCACUCCUUCCGUCUCACCGUGCUCGAGCCCCCAGAGAGCCCCGGUGACGUCACGGUGACGGAGAGGAGGAGCCGCUACGUGUCCGUCAAGUGGUCUCCGCCCAAGAAGCCCGUGUCCCGAUACGUGUUCCGCUACUGGAGGAAGUCCUCGCGGGGCAGCGUACUCCAGGAGCAAGAGGUGGACGGCAUGAGGACGUCGCUGAUGGUGACCAACCUUCAUCCGGGCACCGAGUACCUGGCCCUGGUCCUGGCCGAGAACUCUGUGGGCUUCGGGGACCCUUCGGACACGGUCGUCUUCCAGACAGCUGCCGAAGAACCUAGCGGUCCUCCUAUGAACGUCCAGUGUGAAGCUCUGGACACGAGGAACAUCAAGGUCUCCUGGGAGCCCCCUCCGGCGGACCAGCUGAACGGCGAGCUGAAGGGCUACUACAUCGGGCACAAGAUGGAGGGCACCCCGUUCGUGCACGACACCGUGAACCGGGACACCGAGCAGCGGACCUUCCGGGGCCUCCAGGCGGCCUCCGUGUACCGCUUCAUGCUCAAGGCCUUCAACGAGGUCGGCUCCGGCCCUCCCUCCGAGGAGGUGUCCUGCGCCACACUCAACGGAGAUCCGCCCUCGGUGCCCAACCUGAGGGUGACAGGUAUCACGUCAUCCUCGGUGAGCCUACACUGGAACAGUCCGUCAUCGGCAGCGUCGCCAGUUAUACAGUACGAGAUCCAGUACGGCACAGACGACGGCGACAAGCGACAGCUGCACAUCCCGGCCACCAAGGAGGCCGUGACGCUGACCGAGCUCCGGAGCGGCACCCGGUACAACUUCCGGAUGGCCGCCUUCAACCUGUACGGCAGGGGAGACUUCUCGCACGACAUGCCCGCCGUCACCCACCUCUCGGACGGCGGUUCCUUUCCGUCUCUCGUUGACGAAGAGAUGCCCUUCUACUACCGAACCUACUUCGUCGUCCCCGUCGUGGCGUCCUUCACCGUCAUCAUCACGGCCAUUGUCAUCGCCUGGGCGUGCCUGAAGAGGGCAACCAUCAUGCAGAGCACCCCGCUGGUCAGCCAGUACGCCAGGACGUCCUACGUCCCGACGAUGGACCCACGGCACAGCCAGACCAUGGAAGAGGCGUACGACAUUCCCUGGAACAGCCCCACCACUAGAAACUCCAUGGUACGCGAAAAGAAGGAAGCUACACUAGGCUGAAGAGCAACAGCAGGCAGAGGAAUGUUGUGUAGGUUAUCGAAAUUUGCCAAGUCACGAUGCAGAAACCAAGAAUGCGCGGCAACACUUAUCCAAGCGAAGCUAACAAGACGAAGACGGUGACAUCAACGUGAGAUUCGGCAAUGUCGUUACGACCAUCAUCGCAACCACUAUGGGCGCGAACAGCGGAGAGCCUAUA